UCCUCCCUUCCGAGCAAGGGAAAGGCUCUUAACUCCUUGCUCUUGAAGUUUUGGUUGACCCCUUAGCUGCUUCUACAUCUCCUGUAAGCAGCAAUAUUGCAGCUGCACCGAGCGCUAUUUCUGGUGGUGGCGUGGGCUGUGCUGAAGUUGCAUGCCCCAGUACAGCCAUGCUGCUCUGUCCUGUCUGCUUGCAGCACAGCAGUCCCACCGCAGCGGACUCCUCCCUGCCCCAAAACCUACGCCUUCCGGAGCUGUGCAUGCAGCGGUGUGGUUGGCUGGGUGACCACCCUACACGCAUCCUGGAUCCCAUGAGGCAAAGCCAACAACAGGAGCCCCGGCGAGAAACGCUGAGGCAGCUGCUUCAAAGGUCACCCCAGCGACUAUGUGCGCAGGAAAGGCUCGAUGUACGAUGCAGCUGCUGCUGUGAGAAGAGGGGAAGUAUGCACCGAGCCGUGGCAGCUGUGGCUGCUGUUACGGAAGCUCAGGAAACCAAAGCCUGGGGUGGGCGGAGGGGCUCAGGCGCUCUGCGGUGCAGGGACCUCACCCCCCUGCACUAGUCCCGUGAAUGCAAGCAGCUCUUCAAGAUAAAAAACAAUGGAGCGAAGAUGUUCAGCCACCGGAAUCGGGCAAACAGCUCUGCCUCUUCGCUGCUCUAUGGAGGGCAGCGUUUGGCUGGCAGCAUCCGGACUUGCAAGGAUCGGAUCCAGCUAACCCAGCGCUGGUGUUUAAUGGCGUGGAGGUGUCCCGAAAGCUGCACAUCCUUGGCUGUCUUGUCAUCCUCCAUCAGUGAAAAUGGGCCCCGCUGAGGCCCAUGAUGGUGCCCACAGGAGCUUUAGAGGACAGGCACAUUCUUCCAUCUCCGCUAAUCCUCCUCUGAUACAGAGGAUUUUCCUGCCAUUAAAUGAUAGCUUGUGAGAAAAAAAUGCCAACUUUUCGCAGACUGACUCGUAUGGCUAAUGGCAGCCUCAUGAGCAGGAGGGAGGACACAGCCACUGCCUGGCUAGAUGAUCGGAACCUGCUCUCAGCACGGCUGGUGGGAAGGAUGUGGAUGAGCUCGUGGAAAGGAGUAGCACAAAGCUGCAGGAUUCCCUGAGAAGAUCCCUCAAGUUCGCUUGCCAGACCUGAAAUGCCACUAGUGAAUAAUCAAGGUAAUGUUUGCCAUCAUUUUAAAUGUGAUCCUUUGGGUCCCCCACGUCCAUGCGGUGUGGGCCUGCGUGCGGUCCUGCCCUGCCAACUGCGUGUGCACCCAGGAGCGGAGCUGCUCCAUCCUCUGUGAUCGUGCCGGUCUGGGGCAGAUCCCUAGCGAGUUCCCCUGUGAAGCCUCCUCUAUCAACCUGGACAAAAACAGCAUCAAGUUCCUCUCCGAGAGGGCCUUCGGGACCUUGCCUUCCCUCAAAUCCCUGUCACUCAACCACAACAAUAUUUCCUUUAUCACCCCGGGGGCUUUCAAGGGGCUGCCCAGCCUGACCGAGCUGAAGAUGGCCCACAAUGAGUACAUUCGUUAUCUCCACACGCGGACUUUCACUGCUCUCAGACGGCUGGUCAAGCUGGACCUGGCAGACUGCAAUCUUUUCAACAUCCCGGACAGGAUCUUCAUCGAGCUGCCUGCUCUACAAGAGCUCUUCUGCUUCCAGAACAACUUCCGGAGGAUCCCAGGUGCCAUCAGGGGCAUGGAGAACCUGACCCACGUUUACCUGGAAAGAAACAGGAUCGAAGCGGUAGCCUAUAACUCCCUGCAGGGCCUGACCAAGCUGAAAUACCUGAAUCUGCAGGACAACAGGAUAAAUGUUGUUCAUGAGCGAGCUUUUCAGGGCUGCCAGAAGAUGGAGUACCUGUACCUGAACGACAAUUUGAUCAGCGAGCUUCCAGAAAACUCCUUUGAUGGCCUGAGGUGCCUGAAGAUGCUCAACCUUGGGGGGAAUUUCCUCAGGAACGUUUCCAACACCUGGUUCAGGGACCUGGGGGAGCUGGAGGUCCUCUACCUGGACCGCAACAGGAUCAACCACAUUGAGGAAGGGGCUUUUGAAAACCUCACCAGCCUGGUCGCGUUGCACUUGAACAGCAACAACCUGACGACCCUACCCUUUUCUGUCUUCCAGCCGGUGUACUUCCUGGGGCGGCUGUACCUCUUCCGUAACCCCUGGGAGUGUGACUGCCGCAUUGAGUGGCUGAAGGAGUGGAUGGAGAAUUACAGGCUCGUCAGGGAUAUUCCCUGUGCCUCCCCCUCCUCAGUAGCCGGGAUUGACCUGAUGGAUGUGCUCUAUGAGAAAUCCCCAGAAGGUUACUGUCUUGACCCAGUGGAGCUGAAUGUCACGUCCGAAGUCCCGACCCCAAGUGAAGAGCCUUGGUCUACCACGGAGAGCAAGUUCAACAGCCUUAUCUCUAAACUCUUGCUCCAGAUGGGCCUUCCUGAAGAGGUGGCAAACACCACUGAAGUCUCCGGUAACACCACACAGCUGGAUGGACUGACUGAUGGGGUUUCUUCUGGGGUGGGGGAAGACAGUAUUGAAGCUGCCUCCUCUUUUUACUUCCCAGCACUUUUUACAGUGGUUGUUUUGCAGAUCAAAUAGUCCAAGGGCUGGCUGGAGCAUGGGUCCUGCUUAAGCAUUUAGUCCCUGUACCUACCUAGUCAUUAGGGAAAAGUUUGUAUCAUGGGCCUUGGAUACAUAUCUGGCUCCAAACUCUCCUGGGCAGGUUGGUUGGAUCUGUCUCCAGAUUCCCCUAGGAGCUGGUGGGAUCUGGUUCAAGGCCAGGUCCCAGUCCAGGUGAGAAACCUUCCCUGUGGGGUCUCAGAGACUCCUGGACACUCGCAGAGCUGUGUGGAAGAUGAGCAAUGAAAGAAUAGCAGUAAGGUUGAGUUUUGCUUAGAGCCGUGCGAUGUGCCCUGCUGGGAGCGAAGGGAGAGGGGUCUGUACGGAUGGCGGUGUAGCGCUGUUUACUCCAUUGGGCCAACUCCGGUUGACCCAACCAUCAACUUUAUGAAAGCAAGACGAGGCGGCAAAACCGGCCCUCCUCUUCAUGUCCUGACAGACACCCACAGUGGGUGCUGCUGAACUCUGGCGAGCUAUUCCUGAUUUCCACCAGCGUGUGCGGGGGGAGCAGGUCUGUCCUGGGCAGCGUCCAGGGAUGCAGCACGAGCCCUCCUGAACAGGACAGCACAUGGGGAGGGCGCCUGCCCCAGGCAGCUCUGGGAUGGGCCAUAGUAUUUUGUCCAUGACUAUGGACAGGAUUUUGAUCCUUUUCCCCCCUGCUAUCCUGGCAGAGGUGCAGGAGAACCAGAUGGACCUAUGUUUGUCAAAACAUUCUUCUUUGAGGCAAAGCUAUUUAAGCCUAACAGCUUACUUAUUAACGUCGUUUCAAUGUGUUUUUUAUUUUUCAAUGAACAUAGUGUUUCAAGAAAUAUAUUGGUUUUAUUUGUAGAUUAUUUCAUGGCAUGACAGCAGGGGCAGAACGUGAUGAUGCCAAAUGCAACCCAGGCCCUACUAAAUAUUUUGUAUUAUUUCCACCAAUAAUGUGUACCACAUAGUGUGUCGUCUUAUGUUGUACUAACCAACUACACUGUUAUUUUCUUUUAUAUGGCAUCUUACAUGUUUUAUCUUUAAAAUCUUCAAUGAAAGCUGCUAAUAUGACCAUAAAGAAUUAUAAUUUUUUAUAUAUCAGAGCACAUUAAUAAAAUAAUUUGUUAUUUUGCUCACAAAAAUAAAUUAACUGCUCAACUCCCUCCCCCCCUUUUUUUUUUGAGAUCCUUGACUUACUCUGGUGGGGUUUUUGUGGGCUACUCAAAUGGGUGCACAUGAAUGUCCAUUUCAUGGUCUAGAGCAAAUGACAAACUAUUUAUUGCAGCAUAAAGAAUAGACACUUUAACUUAGAACAUGACUGUGCUUACAUUUGUGUUAAGUAGCAAUGCUUUAAAAAAUAAAUUACUAUGUAGAAAUACACUUCUGUGAUAUUUUAACUAUAUUAAAUCAUUAUACAUGGCUUAUCAUACUAUGAUGUACAUGUUCAUAUGAAAUGAUACAACAUAUAAAAUCCAUUAUUAUUGCUAAAAUGUCAUGAAAUAGGAAUAAAUGGACAUGAGUUGAAGAAACCUUUCAAACAUUUUCCUAAACCUUUUUUUUCCCCCAACCUCUGCCUUUUCAUGAGCAAUUCAACACCGACGUGAUCUCCACCCCUGCCCCGGCUGGGUGCCCACGGGUGCCGGAGCAGCAGGGGCAGAGCGGGAG